GUAUUAUGGAUUGUGUAUUACAUUUGGAUUUUUCACGAUUUUUUCAAAAUGAUUACAAAUUAAUUGCAAAAAAAGUCAAACAUUGAUUAAAAUAAUUUUGAUGACAAACUUUAGGUGUGUUUAAGCAUAUGAUAAGAAUCUGAAGACACAAUCUUCACGACACAAGAAUUAAUUCAUUUAAAGUAAUCAUCGAUUGUAUGUGUGGUUCAAUUGGAGACAUAUCUGUAUUAUAAUUGUCACCAUAAGGAACAAUUGGAUGUGUCUUCACUGAUAAUGUCUUCAACCGAUAAUGAAGUGUUUAAAGAGCGCCGAAUAUUGUCUUCAUCGGUCGUCUCCGAGAUUAUUAUCAAUCAAUUGUGGCCAACGAUUGUUCACUUGAAAGAGUUGAACCAAACGGCAACUCUGGACAAACUGAAGGCACACAUGUAUAAGAAAUUUAGAAUGACUUCAAGUGAUUGCGAAAAACACAUCAAUAAUGCCAUCAAAGAUCAGCUGUUGAUUGAGAAAACAGAAGCCGAUAAAAAUGGCGAACAAAUCAUCACAUAUUCGGCUUCCGAUGGCAAUCAUACCGAUGAUCACGACUGGUAUUGCUAUGAAUGUCAUAAACCUGGAAGUGUUGUUGAGUGUAGCCAUUGUUGGAGAGUAUAUCACUCGCAUUGUUUGAAAAAAGAGUUGACUGAAAAAGACAAUCAGUUUGUUUGUAAUGUCUGUCAAGAUUUGGACAAUGAAGCCGAAGGGAUGAUUAGCAAUAAAGUCAUACCAUUAUCUGAGUUGAAUGAAUUGCUUAGCCAUGUCUAUAGUCAAAUGGUUGAGCGAAACAAAAAACUUGUCGAAGUUAUGGAAAAUAUGGACAAUGAAAAGGAUAUAAUAAUUAAGAAGUUAUUGUUUAAAAAAACAGAUUUAUCUGAGAUUUUAAACAAAAUCAAAAGCAAUUCAUACAAGAAAUUAACUGAAUUUCAAGCGGACGUAAUGAAUAUUAAUCAUUGCACAACACUAUUGUAUGGCACCAACAGUUGGAUCAAUAGUUUGACGGCACAGACACUAACUAAUUGUUUGGACGGAUUAAAUGAAAUUCGCGAAUGUAUUGAUUGUUAUAAAAUGUUGAAUCGAAAAACAGACAAAUUCUGGUUCUGUAUGCCAUGUAAUCCAUUGCAUGAACUGGUAUUUGCCAAACAAAAAGGUUAUCCCUAUUGGCCAUCGAAAGUCAUUAAAAGAGAUGAAAACAAGAAGAAAUGCGAGGUUCGCUUCUUUGGAUCUUUUCACGAAAGAGAGUCUAUUGACUAUGAAUUUAUUAAACCCAUAACAUCCACAUUACAAGAACUUCGUAUAACAAAGCCGUCACCUCCUUUAGCUCAGGCCUUAAAAGAGCUUAAAGUUUAUCAAAAUAAUUUGCAAUCAGAGACACAUCCGUCAUCCAGAGACAGUGAUGCUAUUAGUCCUCAAUCACGAUCUAUGUCCAGCAAAAGACCACGAAAGAGAGCUGAUGGAAGUCGACCGCGAAAGAGGUUGAGUAAAGUAGAGAUAAAAAAAGAAAUGAUGGAUGAAGAAGAAGAUGAAGAAGAAGACGAAGAAGAAGAAGAAGACAGUGAACAAAAUGAUACCACAAAUGAUUCUCAAGUUUUUAAUGUUUUAGUGGCUAAUCUUAAAACUCUUGAGACAAGUCCUAAAGUUCGACGAACUUCUACUCCGAAACCAACUGUUAUAAAGUCACCGAUUCGGACAAGAAAUAGAGGAAUGAAAGUUCCAUUUCAGACGAGACCACUUGAAUCUGAAGUAAAAACAACUCCACGUAAGGGACGACCGCCUAAAAUUACAAAACAAAAGUCACCGGUUGUUAAAAAACAGUCAAUGAGUAGAUACUUUCAAAAUACCUCAGAAAUUUUGACCACAACUAAUAUAACUACACCUAAAAAAUCUUUGGUUAAAAAUAAUCUUAUAAAUGGAGAACCAAAUGAUAGCAAUCAUGUAAAUGAUUUUAAUGGAGAAAAAUCAAAUGUCUUGUCAAUAGCCAGAAGUAGACCUAUUCGUCAAAGACAACCCAAUUCGCGCUAUAAAUCACCUGAAAUUGUUGUGAAAGUUAUGAAAAAGAAAGAUGUGGUGAAAAACCAACGAAAUAAACGAAAUAAUAUUAAGAAUGAGCCGAACGAAGAACACGUCAACUCUAAUGGACGAAACAUUUUUGAUUUCGAUUCAAAUUCUGGUGACAACACUAUAAUUAGUGGCAAAAUCUUUGGCAAUAAUCUUAGAGCCAUUAAAUCAACUCAAAUCAUAAAAGAUAAGUCAAUAGCUGAUCCAAUUAAUACAAAUGUCAACAAAUUAUCAUUUGCUGGACAAAUGCCGAACGGUAUUCAAAAUACGACUACAAUUACUGCUAUAACAACAACAACAUCGACUACAACUUUUAAUCCCAGUCCUAAUAAAAGGGGUCGACCUAAAGGUGUCAAAAAUAAGUCAACUCUAGAAAAGAUGAAACAAUUGGAGAUCAAAACAAAUACUAUAUCACCUCCCAUACGACCAUUACAACCUGCAGAUGAAAUCAUAUUGUCUUCGGACACAAAAAAUCAAAAGUUGCUGAAGAAAGUUAAAGAGUCGGUUGAACUUCAAUAUAAAGAAGAAAUCAAACAAUUAAAGAAAGAUUUGGAAGCUGUGAAACAAUUAAAGUAUAGACUUGAAAAUGAUAUAAUGAAGUUGAAGACUCAAUCUCAUCAAAGAGAAGAGACCAAUAAGUUGAAAGAAAGACAUGCGGCAGAGAUUUCACGCAUCAAAAAGAAACAAUGGUGUUUCAAUUGUGAACAGGAGGCCAUAUAUUUCUGUUGUUGGAACACCAGCUACUGUUCGACCCAAUGUCAACAACAGCACUGGCAUUCCGGGCACAAGAAAAUCUGCCGACGCAUCCAAAAGCGCUAAUCAAUACACUUAUUAUUAUUAUCUAAAUCUUAUUAUA